AUAAUCUGUCACAUUUUGACGUUUUCCAUCAUCGAUGUUUAACCACACGGUCGAGGCCUCACAAAAUGUCUCUUUACAUCAAACUCAAGCCGAAAAUUCAAUUUUCUCAAUUAAUUUUAGUCAAUUGCCGCCAUUUGGUGACUAAACCGAUUAAACCAACUGCUGCAGCAGUUGACGAAGAUGAUGAAUAUACAAAGGAACCACAAUAUCCACCAAUACUGGACUUAGAAUCUAAGGCCAUAAGGUUGCGUAACCGUCAGGAAUGGCACGACAAAAUAAAAAAUGUGAAGACAAUCGAAGAGAAGCUCAUCGGUAUCAACAUGCCGAGGUACUACGGCUUCAAGAGUGUCAUGCUGAACGAUCAUAUUUUCCGAUACAAUUCGUUGCCGUUUUUCCAACAUAUAACCAGAACUCAAUUGGUCGACGCCGGCCUACCGGAUUGUUAUAAUAACUUGAAUGAGAAAGUGGACGGCCUGCUGGGACAAGUUAAAUCUGAUGUCGAGGAUGCUGUUCUGUUUGAGUAUACCGUCAAACAUGAGAAGAAAUCGUUUCAAAAGCCACUCGAUCCAGAGACCGAAAAUCGAAACCGAACUUUACGGGUGGUACGCCAGAUCCAUCGAACGCUAAUGAAUAGCCUUGCAGCCGAUUGUCCUCAUUUGUUGGAAGUCGACAGUGACACCGAUCCCAGACAUGAAGCAUUUUGGUUCGUCGGUGGAAUUGAUCCGCCAAAACGUAUCAGAAAUCUUAGACUGAAUAGCUGGGACAAAGCGAACGCAGAUGAUCCAGUCAAUCGGAGUUUUCAAUAUGUUGGCAAGCCAUUACUCACAUUACGACAUGAGUAUCCGCUGGAAUCGCUGAUGGAAUUUGACAACUUUUCCGCCGAAGAUAUUUCCAAGGUCCCCGAAUAUAGACUGGACCCUGCUACAGUGGGUUAUGCCACUAAACACAAACAUGCCACUACAAUUCCAGGAUUCUGGCCGGGCUGUCGUCAAGAAUUCGGACUUCUAUCGUAUCACAGUCGGGAUCAUAUUCCAUUAAGAAAUGCUCAGCAUGGUCAGGAAGAUUGUCAAAAAGCGAUUCAUUCUCAAGCGAUUGUAUCCAGUUAUGCUUGGCUGCUGGGACAGGCUUGCUAUCAGGGAUUUUCUACGUAUCAAGAUCCGACGUAUCCGCUGUCCACGCAAACCAUUAUCACUGAUGGUCAAUUGUGGUCGUUUUACCUCUACCAACUGAACACCACCCGAUUACACAUUGAUGCGAUCGAGAACAAUCCAAAAGUCAACCAAUGUUGGGGUACCAAGGAAAUGAAAUUGUUUGAGCAAAUCACCGAGGAUGGUAAACUGAUCGGCCUCAACGAUGAUGUGCUGCGCAACCUGAUGAAAUUCUACAUUAAUGAGCCGAAACAGCGUGCCAUCGAUAUGAAACCGUAUUUGGGAUUGGACGAACAAAAAAUCGCCGACAUUGAGCACGUUGAACGUCGCGAGUUCUUGCAAGAAAAAUUCAAUCAAUUAUUCAGCGGCAGACCUAGACACAAAGUGGUACCAGAAGUGUACAAUUGGGAGAAGAUUUACAAAAUCGAUCACAAAACGAUGCCGUUGGUACCGAGACGACGAUUCUUUGAGUUGGGCAUAAAUCCGUUCCGGCGCACUUUGGACGAACAUCGUCUCGCAUAUGUACCGAAGGCGUUACGUCCAGAUGAUAAGAAAAAUCGAGAAAAGUUCAAGAAAACUUAUUAUCCGUGCAAGUACGAACAGAAGUACAUUGGCUAUGUGUCCACGUUUAAUAGAAAAUUGAUAUAAAUGAGAGAGCGACGGUGCUAGUGCAA